AUGACUACUGCUAUUGGAUUAGAAGAUAAUUCCAAAGGAAACGUUAUUACUGUUAUGACUAAAGAUCCGUUAGUGUUUUGCAUAAUUGCAUUCGCAUCUAUUGGAGGUUUACUCUUUGGGUAUGAUCAGGGAGUUAUUAGUGGUAUAGUUACUAUGGAAUCAUUUGCGGCAAAAUUCCCAAGGAUUUUUUCUGAUCCUGAUUACAAGGGAUGGUUUGUUUCUACAUUUUUGUUGUGUGCUUGGUUUGGUUCAUUGAUAAAUUCACCUGUUGUUGAUAGAUUUGGAAGAAGGGAUACUAUAAGAAUAGCUUGUGCCGUAUUUGUUAUCGGAUCUGUCUUUCAAUGUGCAGGCAAAUCGGUUAGUAUGCUUUUCGCUGGGAGAGCAGUUGCUGGUAUCGGUGUCGGACAAUUGACUAUGGUAGUUCCAAUGUAUAUGUCGGAAUUAGCGCCACCUUCAGUAAGAGGUGGUUUAGUUGUAAUACAGCAAUUAUCAAUAACAAUAGGUAUUUUGAUAUCAUUUUGGAUAAAUUAUGGCACUCAAUUUAUUGGAGGAACUAAAUGCGCUCCCAACCAAGAUUACAAAGGCGAUACAUUCGACCCAUAUGUCGAUGUUCCUCAAGGUGGUUGUUACGGUCAAAAAGAUGCUUCCUGGAGAGUUCCAUUUGGUUUACAAAUUGCACCAGCUUUCAUUUUAGGUGUUGGUAUGUCUUUUUUCCCAAGAUCACCAAGAUGGCUCUUAUCAAGAAAAAGGGAAGAAGAGGCAUGGGAGUCUUUGAAUUAUUUGAGAAGAAGAAAUAAUCCUGAUAUGAUUGAUGCUGAAUUCAACGAAAUUAAAUCGGACGUAUUAUUUGAACAAAAAUAUAACGACAGGAAAUUCCAAGGAAAAACUGGAAUGUCUUUCUAUAUAUCAUCAUAUUGGGAUCUAUUCUCUACCAAAUCCAAUUUUAAGAGAGUUUUUAUAGGCUCUGCUGUUAUGUUCUUCCAACAAUUUAUUGGUUGCAAUGCAAUUAUUUAUUAUGCACCAACAAUAUUUAGUCAAUUAGGAAUGGAUUCCAACACCACAGCAUUGUUAGGAACAGGUGUCUAUGGGAUUGUUAAUUGCCUUUCAACUAUUCCUGCUAUCUUUGCUAUCGAUAGAUUCGGCAGAAAAACUUUGUUGAUGGCUGGGGCAGCCGGAACUUUUGUUUCGUUGGUUAUAGUAGGUGCAAUUGUCGGUAAAUAUGGUGAUACUUUAUCUAAGCAUAAAACUGCUGGUAGAGCGGCAAUAGCUUUUAUUUUUAUAUAUGAUUUCAAUUUUUCAUAUAGUUGGGCACCUAUUGGAUGGGUUUUACCAUCAGAAAUCUUCUCUAUUGGAAUCAGGUCCAAAGCUAUAUCCAUUACUACUUCAUCAACAUGGAUGAAUAAUUUCAUAAUUGGUUUGGUCACCCCCCGUAUGUUGGAAACAAUGAAAUGGGGAACAUAUAUCUUUUUUGCAGCAUUUGCCAUAAUUGCAUUUGCUUUCACUUGGUUUGUUAUCCCAGAGACUAAAGGAGUACCUUUAGAAGAGAUGGAUUUAGUUUUUGGUGAUUUAGAUGCGUUACAAGAGAAGCAAAAUUUCUCUCAAAUGAAUGAAUUAUCGAAAAUGGAUUCAAUUAAAGCUACAACAGAUAUUUCGGAAUAG